GGCGGGCGGAAGCGGCGGCCAUGGCGGCGGCGGGGCCGGCGGCGCCGCGCACCAAGACGAAGAAGAAGCAGAAGCGGUUCGUGCCGCAGCGGGUGAAGGUGCCGCGGGCCGCCGACCCGCUGCUGGCCGUGCUGGCCUGGGGCGUGAACCACCAGUUUGUCCCAGUAGCACCCCUUGGACUGCGGCGCGGUGCCCCCCGGACUGCCCUGGAGGAGAUCAGCGAGCUCAGCCAGGUCCCGCUGCCCGUCAUGCUCCUGCCCGACGACUUUAAGGCCAGCUCCAAAAUCAAAGUCAACAACCACCUCUUCAACCGGGAGAACCUGCCCAGUCAUUUCAAGUUCAAGGAGUACUGCCCCCAGGUCUUCCGCAACCUGCGCGAGCGCUUCGGCAUCGAUGACCAGGACUACCAGGUCUCGCUGACGCGGAGCCCGCCCCACUCCGAGGGCAGCGACCGGCGGUUCCUGCUGUCCUACGACCGCACGCUGGUGGUGAAGGAGCUGUCGAGCGAGGACGUGGCCGACGUCCACAGCCUCCUGUCCCACUACCACCAGUACAUCGUGAAGUGCCACGGGACCACGCUGCUGCCCCAGUUCCUGGGCAUGUACCGGGUGAGCGUGGACAGCGAGGAGACCUACCUGCUCGUCAUGAGGAACAUGUUCAGCCACCGGCUCUCCGUGCACAGGAAGUACGACCUCAAGGGCUCCCUCGUGUCCCGAGAAGCCAGCGACAAGGAAAAGGGCAAAGACUUGCCCACGCUCAAGGACAUGGACUUCCUGAACAAGAAUGAGAAGGUCUACGUGGGUGAGGAGGACAAGAAGGACUUCAUGGAGAAGCUCAAGAGAGAUGUGGAGUUCCUGGUGCAGCUGAAGAUCAUGGACUACAGCCUGCUGCUGGGCAUUCACGACGUGGCACGGGCAGAGCAGGAGGAGGAAGAGGAGGUGGAGGAGGAGGAAGGCGGGGGCGACGAGGCGGGGGCCGCCGUCGUGGGCUCCUACGGCACCUCCCCGGAGGGCAUCGGCAGCUACCUCAACUCCCACCGGCCGCUGGGCCCCGGCGAGUUCGACCCCUAUGUGGACGUCUACGCCAUCCGCAGCGCCGAGGGCGGCCCCCGCAAGGAGGUGUACUGCAUGGGCCUCAUCGACAUCCUCACGCAGUACGACGCCCGCAAGAAGGCCGCCCACGCCGCCAAGACCGUCAAGCACGGGGCGGGUGCCGAGAUCUCCACGGUGCACCCGGAGCAGUACGCCAAGCGCUUCCUCGACUUCAUCACCAACAUCUUCGCCUAGUGGGGGGGCCUCCCCCUCCCCUCCACCCCUCGCCCGCUCUGGGGCCGAGACACCCCCUCGGCCCCCCCACUCCCUUCGCUCCGGCUGUCCCAGGCACGGUGCCCCCCUCUCCCCCGACGUGAGCGGGGCUGCCCCCCCCCUUGGUGCCCGGUGGGGUUGUGCUACUCAAGUGCCUUAUUUUCCCUUGGUGGGGGGGAGCGGGGGUCCAGCCCUGCUGUAUGCAAUAAGCUGGGGGGCUGCCACCUGCCCCCCCCCCAGCCAGCAUGGGGUCCUGGGCACCUCCUGCCCUGGCUGCAAUGCUCUUGUUCCCCCUCCCCAUGCUCUGGGGUGGGGGGCAAUUAAACACUACUUGCCCUGGGCUUGUGGGGUGCCCCCUCCUGGGGGGGGUAGGAGGUUCCCCCUUGUUCCCCCCCCCCAAAGGGGGCUGUUCCCGGGGGAUCCCUGCGUUUUGCUGACAGUCCUGGGGUGUCUCCCAGUGCAAGUAGGGCCAUGGGGGGGGGGAAGUAGCCCCCCCCUUUUCUCUGUUAUGGGUCUGGUUGGGAGGGGGGUUACAGCCAGCCUGUGCCCCCCCUCCAGCGCAGGUGGGGCUGGGGGUGCGUGGCCCUCUCCCUGACCCUACUGCAAGUGGGACCACGGUGUGUGGUGGCCCCAGACCCCCUGUUUCUCCCCCCCCCCCUUUCCGUUAUCAGCAGGGUCUGGGGGGGGGAGGAUGACCCCCCCAGACCCUGUUCUCCCCCCUUCCACUGGGGGGGGGGGUGUCAUGGAGGAGGCCACCCUCCCCCGCUGUAUCCUGAGAAAUAAAUUAUUGAACAGGUCAA